UUUUCGUCCUUCAACAGAAUGGCCGGCAUCCCGUGUGAAAUCAUCAGCGGCAUGAACAAGAGCGCCGCCUAUGAGAUUGGGAGGAGAGCGGACAGAUCCAAGAUGGGGGCCCAGUGGAACGCCGUGUACGUAGACGGCAACUGGAGGCUGAUCGAUGCGUUCUGGGCCUGUGCCUGCGUGGUGGGGAAGAAAUCUGGUAGGUUAGGAUCGUGUUUGACGUUGUAUCACUAUACAGACUCCAUUCCGACAGUUUUUACAUUAUUUUUUUUUAAUCCCUGCCUGAUUUAAACACAUUUUUUCCCUUCCUGACAGGCGAGUGGACUCUGGUUGACGCCGAUGGGGAAGUCGUUGACGCAGAGGAGAACGCGACAGAGGGUCAGACCCAUCACAGGAUCAAUGAGUUCUAUUUCAUACCAGACCCCGACCAGCUGAUCUGGACGCAUUUCCCGGACGACAAAAAAUGGCAGCUGCUGCACAAACCCGUGACUCUUGAAGAGUUUGAGGACCACUUUUACGUCAGGGAGCGGUUCCACAUUCUUGGCAAGUUGUUGGUCGACACAUGCAUUCUUAGACAUCGCCCUGCAAGCUAAUUCCUUUGUUUUGUGUGUGUGUGUGUUUUCCUUUCUAUUUUUUGAUGUAGAUCUUUCCAACGCAACGUUGAGGUUUACUUUAACCUUCUCAACGCAGAGUGUAAUCAUUAACCUGAUGUGAAUUGCUUUUUUGUUUGUCCUACGGGCGUGAAGUUGACCAAGGCUUCGAUUGUGUAGCAGCCUUGACUUGAUCUGUAUUUAGUUUAAAGUGAGAGAGAGGUGCUCAAUUCGGCAGCCUCCCUCUCACGUCCAAUAGCAAGACUUAGUCAAGUCGACUGGAAGAUGACCAACAGUGUGUAGCAGCCUUGACUUGAUCUGUCUUUAGUUUAAAGUGAGAGAGAGGUGCUCAAUUCGUCAGCCUCACACUCACGUCCAAUGGCAAGAAUUAGUCAAGUCGACUGGAAGAUGACCAACAGUGUGUAGCAGCCUUGACUUGAUCUGUAUUUAGUUUAAAGUGAGAGAGAGGUGCUCAAUUCGUCAGCCUCCCUCUCACGUCCAAUGGCAAGACUAAGUCAAGUCGACUGGAAGAUGACCAACAGUGUGUGCGCGUGUAUGUGUGUGUGUGGUAGUAUGUGUGUGUGGGGUUUUUUUUUUGUCACUGUGCUAUUUAGGCGUUUCGCGUCGCAGGAGUUGUCGCAAUUUUCAUCGCGUCACCAUCAUACCGCCUACGGGGCUUCAUCUUUGGUUUUGAUUUGAGAGUUUGCCUUCUCUUAGAUGAGUCGUCAUCCAAGGUUAACGAGUCCCGCCCAUCCAUUGGAUCUCGUAGUGUACAAUUUAAUGCCUCGAUUUUACAAAAUUGCUUUUGCCUCUUGUGUUUAAAAGUUCCUUUCACCUUCUACAUGUUUGUCAUAAGUUUUGAUAAUUUUGGCAGGCAUGAGCACAGUACCAGAGACGAAGAUGAAAUGUGUGGCCGAGACUGUAGACGGUGAGGUCGAGUUCAUCUUCGGUCUGCCCCCUGAGAGAAGCCAGACCUUCCGCUUUAAAUAUAUGUUGUACAGGUCGAAGAGCGAAGCCGCCGACAGAAAGGUGGACCUCUUCUUGGACAGGUUUGUGUUCUUCGAGCAGAGGGAGGACCUGCUUAGGUUCGCGCUCAGAUUCCCCAUCAAGGGAAAUUUUAAACUUGACAUCUACGGACUGGACACCGAGGAUGGGGACGUCUUUGACCUAUGCUGCACUUACAUCAUCAACUGCCCCAAAGCCAAGCACAACUGCCUGCCGCUGCCCGAUUGUCCGCCCCUCGGUUGGGGGCCCGUGGCCGAGACGAGAGCCGCCGGCCUCGAACCGACGACGCACAAAAAGGGCGAGGUGAUCUCCAAGGACGGCUACGUCGAGAUCCGCCUGGCCAAGGAACGAGCGCUUGCCUUCCACCAGCUGCUGAAGCACGCGAAGAUCGACGAGGCGACGCUGAGCAAGUACGUCAUCACCGAGCUUGAGGGCGACGAGGCUGUCAUCUACCUCCGCCUGCCGCAGAACGGCGAGUACGCCCUGAAGCUCUUCGCCCAGGAUCUCGACGACGAAGGCGCUGCGCCCAACGUGCUGAACUAUCUCAUCAAAUGCAGUGAUGCCGAAACGGGAUCGCAGCCGUUCCCCAACUUGACGAACGGACUCGUCGGUAAGAAUCCUUUGACCAGCGACAAGUUCGGGGUCAAGGCCGUUUCCCACCCCAGCGGUAUGCUGGAGACGAAAGACGGCAAUCUGAGCCUGGACUUCGAGGCCGAGUCCGGGGUCGAUCUCGUCUGCGAGAUCCACACCAACGACGGCAAGGCAGCCGGUCAGAUGAAGUCCGCCGUGACCAGCAAGGGCAACAAGUGGAACUUCAAGCUGGACAUGCCCGUCAAGGGCGAGUACACUCUCAACGUGUUUGCCCAGAGGAAAGGCGAGAAGGGUCAGAUCUACAGCGUCCACUCGUAUCUCAUCAAGUCUGCCGGCGGGAGUAUGUCCGGCGAUCAGGUGGAUGGGCUUAAUGAGAAGGACAUGCAAGUGCCCACCGAGACAGUUGAGACUAGCGACAGUGAGGUAAGUACAAUGUCACCUACAAUAAAAUUGCAUUUUAAAAAUCAUCUUUUGUCUACUUAAUUCUAAGAGUUGAGUGUCUAAUACAAUGUCUUUUUUUUCCCACGCCCUACACGUAAACCAAGCGCCUAAACGUGGAAUAGCGAAAUAUACUCCAAAAAUAGGGCUCCAUGCUGCCAUAAGUUGAGAAACACUGGUCUCGGGUGUGAGGCUGAUAUAAACCAAUCAUGAAUAAAUGGACUGUGAUGCUGUGUUGACAGAAAGUGUGUCAAGGAAUGGGCAGUCGUGCAUUUUACCAAUUUGUUUUGUUAACUUCACUUGGGUGAUGCAUGUCUAAAUAUAAGCCAUCACAACAAAGGCGUGGGGUUGAAAGGUGACUAACGGUUUACCAAUUGUGUAAAUGUGCAAAUGAAAUUGGGAGUGGGAAGCGAAAAACAAUGGUGGCACAGCUUGCAUCUAAACAGAGUACUUUUAACAACAGUGCAGUCGAGUGUACUAGUCUUGUUCAUUGUAUCGAUAACUUUGUACUUAUAAAAAAACUAUGGAAGAGAGAAAAUUUGAAGUAGCCUGAAACCAUAACGAGUGACUUUUUUUGUUUUGUACGUAUAUUAAUGUAUGAUCCCUAAUGCAAUAUUUGAACUCAAACAUAUUUUGUUAAUUGGAGAAAAUAAGAAACAUUUUUUUUUAAAUUUACCUUCAGCUGCUGUCUAAAAAGGUACGGUAUUGCAUGGGUAAAUACUGUUUCAGUUUUUUUUUUUAAUUCUCCACUUAAAGACGGAGUGUUGCAUGAUCAGAGAGAUGAUUUUCAAAUUGUUAGCACUCGGUGGCGACUAACCUAGUUCCAUUCAGUGCUGUGCAUGAGGCACGCAGAUCAUGUGCUUAGCACGAUUUGCUAUUCAAACCACAUUUCUCAUCAUAGCUUUUUAUCAAUUCAUAUUAAUUCAUCACCACGUUCAUUCAAAGGAUGCGGUGGAAAGUUUUAAACAUUUUCUUUAUAAGUCACUAUUUCUAGUGCGUUUGCUUGUUUUUUAUCUUGGAAUUUAAUUGUACAAACGUUUAUAGUCCACCUUGUCUGGACAACACCUUAAGAACCUUUAAAAGAGAUACAUACUUACAAGAAUGCACCUAAUUAAAAAAAAAAGAUAAAUUUAUUUAUUUAUUUAUUUAGGCAUUUUUAUAUAGCGCUUACCUUAAAGCUCUAAGCGCCUUACAAUUAUUAAAAACAUGUAAACUAACUAAAAUAAAAAUGAGACAUUAGGAUAGUAACUACUAUACUAUAUAAACCAUUAAAAUGGCUAUAAAACGAGGACACUUUGGCAUGGAGGCACCUUCUUUAAGAACACUGAUACAUGCGUACAAGAAGGCAUCUACUUUUAAAAAUUGAGUUAAUUACUUACAAGAAUGCAGCUGUUAAACAGGCUUCAAUUUAACACAAACUUCCUACAGAUUAUACAAUUAUGAGGCCUAUUUAUUAUGAAGCAAACGAUACAUUUCUUUGUGGCAUGCUGUCAGCUACUGGGAUUAUUUCUUUGAGGCAUGCUGUCAGCUACUGGGUUUAUUUCUUUGAGGCAUGCUGUCAGCUACUGGGUUUAUUUCUUUGUGGCAUGCUGUCAGCUACUGGGUUUAUUUCUUUGUGGCAUGCUGUCAGCUACUGGGCUUAUUUCUUUGAGGCAUGCUGUCAGCUACUGGGUUUAUUUCUUUGAGGCAUGCUGUUAGCUACUGGGUUUAUUUCUUUGAGGCAUGCUGUUAGCUACUGGGUUUAUUUCUUUGAGGCAUGCUGUCAGCUACUGGGUUUAUUUCUUUGAGGCACGCUGUCAGCUACUUGGUUUAUUUCUUUGAGGCAUGCUGUUAGCUACUGGGUUUAUUUCUUUGUGGCAUGCUGUUAGCUACUGGGUUUAUUUCUUUGAGGCAUGCUGUCAGCUACUGGGUUUAUUUCUUUGAGGCAUGCUGUUAUCUACUGGGUUUAUUUCUUUGAGGCAUGCUGUCAGCUACUGGGUUUAUUUCUUUGAGGCAUGCUGUCAGCUACUGGGUUUAUUUCUUUGAGGCAUGCUGUCAGCUACUGGGUUUAUUUCUUUGUGGCAUGCUGUUAGCUACUGGGUUUAUUUCUUUGAGGCAUGAUGUUAGCUACUCGGUUUAUUUCUUUGAGGCACGCUGUUAGCUACUGGGUUUUUUUGAAACCAAGCAAUGAACAUUUUUCUUAUCAACCGUUGAUUCUAUGAAUGAAAACUGUGUGCUGUUAACGACUUUGGAGAUUUUCAUGUGGUUUUUUUUUCAAGCAGAUGUUGAUAACUGUUUCCAUUACUGUUGCAUGUACGUGUUUAAAUGAGUGUUUUGAGAUCUAUCGCUCUCUCUCUCUCUCUCUCUCUCUCUCUCUGUGUCUCUUUUUAUCUAUAUAUCUCUCUUUCUGUCUGUCGAUCUAUCUAUAUAUCUAUCUAUAUAUCUCUAUCUACUUUUUCUCACUCUUUCUCUCCAUAUUUUUGUCUCCGUCUCUCUCUUUCUCCCUCUUUCUCUGUUUCACUCUCUAUUUCCCUUUUUCCCCUUUAUCUCUCGCUCUCUUUAUCUCUCUUUAUCUCUCUUUCUUUCUCUUUUUCUUUCUUUUUCUCUCCCUAUCUCUUUUUUUCUCUUAAUUUCUUUUUCUAUUUCUAUAUCUCUAUUGUCACUCUCUAUCUCUUUCUCUCUCUCUUUCUCUCUCUCUUUCUCUCUCUCUUUCUCUCUCUCUUUCUCUCUCUCUUUUUCUCUCUCUUUCUCUCUCUCUUUCUCUCUCUUUCUCUUUCCGCACCUCUUUGUCUCUCUUUAUCUCAAUCUUUCUCUAUAUCCCUCUUUCCUCAUCUCUCUCUCUCUCACUCUCUCUGUCUCUCUCUCUCCGUCUCUCAUUUAUGGCCACGGCUCUCAUGUUGCACAACUUGCCUGUAUUAUUUCUUUCUGAAUGAUCAUUUGAAAAAAAAAAACAACACUUGUAAUCUCUCGUACCUAUUUCGUGUGGAUGUUCUAGAUACCGAGACGCACUAUGUGUGCUAAACUAAAGCUUGUAAAUUCAAUUGUCCACCAUUUUGAUUACCUAUUCGUUGUGUUCAAAGGUGGAUAUUAAAGUAAGGAUGACAAUCUCAGCUUUAGGGAUCAGCGGAUUUGAUAUGGAUUUACUUUAAACCUGCACAGGUGAUGAUUCCUGUUCCUUAUGGCUGUAAGAAUGCGGUGGCCGCUGUCCACAGGAGGAACGGAAAUGACCCGCCUGACCCUAGUCAGAUUGAGUUCUUCUCGGCAGACGACAUGAACCUGGUCAAGGUCCAGCUGAAGGAUUAUGGGGAAUACAUGCUCAACUUAUACAGCAUGGACGAGAACGCCAACCUGGUAGGUGCAUGAUGGGAACUGUGGCUUUGCUUGUUUUGUAGCCUACAUAGUUGUAGAUCGUGUUUGAGUAAAUUAUAGUUUGUUUUGUUCAUCGUUAUUGCUGUUAAAACGUCGUAGGCAGGUCCGUGCGACAAAAAUAGUGGGGGGGGGGGGGUAGGGUUGCUUAACGGGCGUCAUCUUUUUCGCGCAAAAUGUGUAUAGUAAUAGAUACUGUUUUGGAGAACUUGGGCUCCUAAAUGCAGCUGCUUUAUCCAGGGAGCAGGUUUUAGCUCGCCACGGCCCUGGUUAUAAGGGGCCUUGACCAUAUUUCAUAUUCCUUAGAAAUAGAAGUAUACGCUCCUAGCAGUAAAAGACUAAUGAAAACAUGCUUGGUAACAUUCUUUUCCCAAUUCCAGUGAGCAGGAUUUACAAGCGUCUUCACCCUAGUCCCGCUUGGGGAAACUUUUUUUUUCCCUUCAGUCAAACUUAACAAAACAACACCAUCCCGAUGCCGGUUUUUUGGUGCAAGUUUUACUUGAGCCAAUCUUAGCAUAACAUUCAUUUUUACUUUUUUUAUAAAUCAGAUUGACUAACUAAACCCUAUUUUGUUUAACGACCCACACAUAUUUAAUAAAACAACGUUGGUUUUUAUUAACAUCAUAGUAUUUAUUUAUUUAUUUAUCUAUUUAUUUAUUUAUUUAUUUAUUUAUUUACUUAUUUAUUUAUUUAUUUAUUUAUUUAUUUAUCUAUUUAUUUAUUUAUUUAUUUAUUUAUUUAUCUAUUUAUUUAUUUAUUUAUUUAUUUACUUAUUUAUUUAUCUAUUUAUUUAUUUAUUUAUUUAUUUAUCUAUUUAUUUAUUUAUUUAUUUAUUUAUCUAUUUAUUUAUUUAUUUAUUUACUUAUUUAUUUAUUUAUUUAUUUAUUUAUUUAUUUAUUUAUUUAUUUAUUUAUUUAUUUGUUUGUUUAUUUGUUUAUUUGUUUAUUUAUUUAUUUAUUUAUUUAUUUAUUUAUUUAUUUAUCUAUUUAUUUAUUUAUUUAUUUACUUAUUUAUUUAUUUAUUUAUUUAUUUGUUUAUUUAUUUAUUUAUUUAUUUAUUUAUUUGUUUGUUUAUUUGUUUAUUUGUUUAUUUGUUUAUUUAUUUAUUUAUUUUUGCGUAAUCUAAAUCUAACGCUGCAAACGCUGGGUACAAAACUCAAGUAUCGCCACCUGAGAAAAUCAAUUAAUGAAAUAGUUUUUAAACAGCAAACUUCAAUAAAGGGUAAGGGUGGUUUUGUUAUUUGUUGGGUUUUUUUUUUUUUUUUUGUUGUUUUUUUUUUUUUUUUUUUGUUUUCCUGUUGUUGUUUUUUUUUUUUUUUUUUUUUUUUUUUUUUUUUUUUUUUUUUUUUUUUUUUUUUUUUUUUUUUUUUUUUUUUUUUUUUUUUUUUUUUUUUUUUUUUUUUUUUUUUUUUUUUUUUUGUUGUUUUUAUUUUUAUUUUUUCGUUGUCCAGUUGUUGUUUCUUGUUGUAUUACUUUAACCCUUAAAUACUUUCAUUGACGUCCCUAUAUGUCAUGGUAGAGGAAACUUCAAAGUGCUCAGGUUAGAGUUUACCCUGCGCUUUUAGUGUGUUAAAAUUUGAAAACCUCUAGCUUCUCUAAGCCCGGUUCAACUUUUUUUCCUUUUCCCGUAAGGUCGAAAAUGUGGCCAAGUACCAAAUCAACCGUAAACGCCCAGGGGAGCUCUACCAGAACAACCUGAGCAUCAUCAUGGAAGACCUCCAGCCCAGCCGGCAGAACACAGACGCGGACGUAGGCCUUAAGAAGAAAGGCGACUCUGAAGGUAGCGAAGAACCUGUGAUGACGCUCCUCGCGAACUGAGCAUUUGUGCAUCAUACCCUUCGCUGUCGGCCCCCGCGAUCCCUAUGAGGGAGUAAUGUGAACAAUGGGUUGUUACGUGGGCUGGGAUAGAUAAAUUCUUGGGAAGUCGUGGAAGUCGGGGGGGGGGGGGGGGGGGGGGGGGGGGGGGGGGGGGGGGGGGGGCAAAUAUUGUUGGUCAACAUUCGAGCUACUGUAAUUUGAGACGGGUAAAGAAACCAGAUUUCUCGUUAGAGCUCAGUGGAAAAUUUCGUCCAGUGCAUGGAAAUGCGUGAAAAUAUUUUGUCGUUAUAAAUUAAGAGCUAGUUUUGUUUAAGCAAACAUUUGACAUAUAUUCUUGCAUAUCACCAGCAAUAAAUCAGGCGUUGGUCAUUCUAACGCCAUAGACCUUAUACUGAUUGUUCAAACACCGGUCAACGAUUUUUUUCUGUUCUUACAUUUUUAGCAUAGACACUUUUAAUUUUGCUGUAAGUUCUCAUAUUAAUGGGUAAAACCAGGGAUCCGUUCAAAUUGUUUGUAAAACAGAGUGGCUUGACCGUGUUUGCCGCAUUUUACUUACCAAUUUAUGUUGGUUCCUAAAUCAUGUUUGUUGUUUCAAAACUCGACUCCAGUAAGUUAAGUAGGGCUAAUUAAAACAGACCCCAAUAAUAUAGUUUUUUUUUAAAAUAAAAUCUAUAUUUUUACUAUGAAUAAUUUCUUUCCUCUCAAUUCACGGAACGUCAUCCGAUCCAUGUUUACUUAGCCAAACCAUGACAACCACGAAUGAUAUGAAAGCGGAAAUGAUCUGCACCAACCCAUUGUGCUCUUUUCUUUCCGAAAAGAAAUAUUUGUUUUCCUUUGUGAACGUAUCCCAUAAGUAUACCUUUAUAAUAAAAAUCGUUCUCAAUGAUAAAAUGAUUCUUACUAUCAAAAUGAAAUUCUCAAAACCCCAGGCAGUAACAGCAACAAAAAAAAUCUAGGAUUUAUCUGUGUUAAAAUUAUUGUAUCGAUAUAUUAAACAUUUACCAAUUUACAGAGGAAAAUAAGCGCCAGGCCAGAAGGAACAUCCAGAAUGCACUCGAUCUAAAGGACAUCCGCUUCUUGGAGGACGCCAUCAAGGCGUAUGUGGCCAAUGGCGCCAAUGACAAUGACCCGCUCUUGUUAAAGGCCAGGCAUCAGCUCGAGGUACUCAAGGCAAAGGAAGGUGAGCCGUGAAAAUUUCUUAGCAUUUAAUUAACCUUUUCUCUCAUUAGAGGGGUCGGACUUGGCUGCAAGGUCGACGGGAAAAAUCCCGGCACGCCGUCAGGGUCGAUGACAUUGGGGCCCGCUGGGCCGCGUCUACAUUACAAUAAAGUUUCGUGUCAAAUCUAAAUCAAGCAACCCUUGAAAUUAAAGUUUUUCGAUACAAAUCCUUUAUAGAAUGCAAUAUCGAACAGUGGGGGCGGGGGCCAGAAAUUUAUACAAAACAUUGGCAACGAGUCUAUGUGCCAAGUUUUACCUCGAUAGGUUGACGGGAAGUAGGUCUAUUAGCCGUCCGAUUAUUUUGCCAGCGAGCCACCCACGGAAAAAACGCGAAGAUAAUAUAAAAGAUUUAUAAAAACAGAUCUUUGCAACCCCAUGCGCUCAAUCAGUCCAGGUCAUCAGUGCUCUCAUCCCAGGUCGCCAGUGCUCUCAUUCAAGGUCACCACUGCUCUCAUUCCAGGUCACCGAUGCUCUUAUUCCAGGUCAUCAGUGCUCUCAUUCCAGGUCACCACUGCUCUCAUUCAAGGUCACAACUGCCCUCAUUCACAUGAUGUUGCUUUCUUUGUGUCCGACCAUUUUAAAAACAAAUAUAUUUGUGGCUGGGCAUAAAAUGUGUGACCAUAGUUGAGAUAUUCUUUGGCAUUGCUUUGGUUGAAAUCAAUAUGUUACUUCGUGGCUGGGGGGGCACGGAGCUUUUCAAUGGCGACGACUUACAGGCUGAGUAGGUGGGGAGUUCGAUAACUGAUCGAAUGUCACGAUCAAUGUUUAAUCUGUGUCAAACUUUACCCUUUGAUUUAAAUGCAUUCUUGGACGUACCGCAUUGUAACGGCGCACGCUAACACUAAAAUAACAGCAAUGUGUAAUUUGGGCCCCAACCAGCUUUAACGUUUCUCAUUUUAUUUACUGUUUGUUCCAUCGAAACUAUUUAGUAGCCUUUAUAUAUUUUGGUGUAAUGAAAUAACACAGAGCAUUGCAUUUACUGUACAGAUAGGUCUAUGUCACCCAAAAAUGUUCAACAAAAAAAAUCUAAUGAUCCCUAAUUAAAAGAUAUAGUGGAAAAACUCAAGCAGAACUAGUGAACUCGAUGGAAGGAAGGUUGUUCGUCUCCUUCUUUGACUUUUCAACUCCCAAUGGAGCAUAGAUCAUUAACAGUUUAUUUCCAAGCCUCCCGGUCUCUAACUCUUUCCAACUCUCUUGCAGUUCCAGGUAGGAAUUUUUUUAUUUGCGGGGUUGGGUGGGGGUCUUCUUUUUUUUUCUUGAUCCUUGAGGGGUCCAUACAAGUGCUGGUCUUCUUGAGGGGUCCAUACAAGUGCUGGUCUUCUUGAGGGGUCCAUACAACUGCUGGUCUUCUUGAGGGUUCCAUACAAGUACUGGUCUUCUUGAGGGGUCCAUACAAGUGCUGGUCUUCUUGAGGGGUCCAUACAAGUACUGGUCUUCUUAAGGGGUCCAUACAAGUGCUGGUCUUGCUAUUUAUGGCAUGGGUUUUUCAUGCUAUGACUUAUCCAUCUCCAACUUCUUUUCCGGAAUUCUGUCUCCACUGUGAUUUGUGCUGUCGUGUUGUGUUUCGGACUCUGUGGAGCCUCUUGAUUUUAAAGAUAUACGAAGGUAAUUUUUUUCACGAAGGUUUGCAGUACUUCCCAAUCUUUCUUGGUUGAUUUCCAGCUUCCCGAGCCAUGCAGCAGAACAGGCUUAGCAUUGUCGUUAAAUCUGUAUUCUUGCCUUGAUAUCCGGCUCUGAUCACCCAGGUGAAGGAUAUCGUCUGAUAUAAUAUGUAUGAAUCCGCUUUGUUUUCACAGAACUAAUGGAGGCCACCCAGAAACGAGACCUGGCCGUCUUAGAGAAAGCCAUUGCGCAGGCCAAGAGCAUCAACGCUCACCACGAACUAGACCUCCAGGUAGCCCUGGCCGUCAGACUACGGGAUCACUUGCAAAAGAUUGAGAAGCUGCGACACGCUGUGCUCAACAUGGAGCCCAAAACCAUCUCGGAAAUCAAGUCCUACUCCAACCCACCAGAUGGCGUUCACCAGUGCCUGACAGCAACGUUCCUACUUCUGGGUCAUAACUUGAAGGAGCUAAAUGUAAGGAAAUAGGCGCGACUUAAACAUGAUUCAUGUUCGCGUUUAAAGUAAGGUGACACUUAUUAAAUUAUGACUUGGUAUCAUGGAAUUAGUUAAGAACUGAAAAAUUUAGCGAAUGUGAACUUCAGCUGAAUAGUUCUUAACAAAAAAUAAGAUGUAGAAUGUAGUCUUGCACGUUUAGACUCAGAGAACAGAGUACACAUCUAUGCCAUCCUACACAGCCCCACAGACAGGGCCGUCUUGACAGAAAUGGAGGCCCUUGGCACAGUGAUACACUAAGGCCCAUAACCCUCUAUAUACUCAGGGCCGUGCGAAGGAGGGGGUGAGAGGGACAAUUACCCCUGGUGCACUAACAUCUUAGUCUAACAUGAUGUAAACACAAAUUCUUACUUUACUAGUAUUGGGGGGGGGGAGGGUUUUCAAUUCAUAUCUGGGAGAAAUAAAACUUGUUGUCGGGAGUUAUUCCCCUUUAAGAAGUAUCCAAUUUGUUAUUCGCUUUUAUAAUAUUAAUUUUGGAAUGUGCCGAUAAUAUCGUGGGUUAAACUUGGGAAACGUGCUGUCCACUCACUUUUAAAUCAAAUUAAAUUCCCCAAAAUCUUUCAAUAUACAUUAACAACAUCUAAAGCAUCAUGCCUCUAAACGAAUGAGUCUCCUAGAAGCGUGAGGCCAUGGGCCAGUGUCCAGCGGGCCCAUGCCCUAAGACGGCACUGCCCACAAAUGGCUAUGGCCUGCAACGAUUACAUUGCCUUGCCGAUUCUGGCUAUUAGCCGAAUAUUCUCAGAACUGCAGAGGUUUAUUAUAUUCUAUAGCGUUGGAAAACGUUUCUUUUGAAGUAGUUCAUGAUCGCCCUACUUGUUUAAAUGUAGUUUGAACUAACCCCCUUUUUUUUUUUUUAAACUAUGAGUAGUAUGACGUUGAACAGAAUACAGGGUAACUCGUAACCUCCCUUUAUCUGAAACUCCACAGCGUAUAGUUGGUUUGUUUGCUGUUUUUUUAACGCUAAUGUUUUGAAAUCUUGCGCUUUGACACCUUAGCAAAUUUGAUCUUAUCAAAUAAUAUUUUAGCCCAUAUAAUAUCCAAUCGAUUCAGCUCAACGCUAAUGCUCUCUUCAAAGUUGUAGCUGGGAUUUUUUUUUUAAAUAGCUCUAUCGUUAAGAUAUAGUUACAUAUAUUACUAUACCUAGACCAAUCGUUAAACAUCUCAUUUUUUAAAAGUUAAUCUUCAAAUUUUUACGGUCCUCAAUAAGUUUUUUUUUCUCUUCACAUUAUCUUCAUGCAGGUAUGGCAGAAGGUCCAAGCGCUGCUGGGUAAGACAGGGCGUGAGUCUGUGAUGAGAAAAAUAUCCAAAUUCGACGCACAGACAGUGGCCUUACGAACUGCACACGUUGCCAAGAAGAUGGUGGAGCCGUACACCAAAGAACAGAUCAGAGACGUGAGUGCGGGGGCAGCUACUUUCUACAUCUGGGUAAGUCAAAGCUUAUUCUACAUAACUUGUGUAAGUCAAAGCUGAUUCUACAUAACUUGUGUAAGUCAAAGCUGAUUCUACAUAACUUGUGUAAGUCAAAGCUGAUUCUACAUAACUUGUGUAAGUCAAAGCUGAUUCUACAUAACUUUUCGCAUGUCUCUGCCCAUAAUUUUGGGGGUAAGAAGAUACCUAAAGAAUUUGACCUCUCUUACUUUCCCUUUCGCAAAUCUAUCUUAGUUUUUUUCCCCGUCAGAGACAUUAAAGAGAAGCAUUCGUUUCAUUAGAAGAUUCUUAAAGCGUAUUUUAUAUUUUGUUAUAGCUUGUGUGUUGAUCUAGUUUUUAUUCACCGCAGUCCGUGGCAAUCAACCUUACCCAGCCUCAUUAAAAAAAAAAAAAAGUAUAUUGAUUCCAUCGAUUAAAUGUGCAGCGCUCUAUCAUUACACACUACUUUGAUUUGGGAAAAUUGUUUUACGUUCUAAUUUGUUCGAAAGAAUGCUAUAGGGGGGAGGGGGUGCAAUUUCUAGAAUAUCUUUUUGGGGGCGGGGGGGGGGUGUAACUCCUUCCCGGGAGCUUUCCCAGCCGAGAGAGAUUUGGUAGAUUUCUCAGACACGAGUUAUAUUACUUAUCAUUACACACUACUUUGAUUUGGGAAAAUUGUUUUACGUUCUAAUUUGUUCGAAAGAAUGCUAUAGGGGGGAGGGGGUGCAAUUUCUAGAAUAUCUUUUUGGGGGCGGGAGGGGGGUGUAACUCCUUCCCGGGAGCUUUCCCAGCCGAGAGAGAUUUGGUAGAUUUCUCAGACACGAGUUAUAUUACGAGACUCACUAUACUUAUAGGAGCCUUACAAGAUUUUGCUUAGUUUGAUUAAAUUGAAUAUUCUUCUUCUAUAUAUUAAAGACCCACGAUCAAUAUAUUGAUCAUUGUGGCUCCUAAUAUUGAUAUCACUAGCUUUGGUAUCAAUACUUUGUUACUUACUGUUCAUGUAACGAGCUAAAUCCUAAAACGGAUUAAAUUUGAAAAGCCAUUUAACUCAGCGAUUCUCAGACUGUGGGUCGCGAACCCUUUGGGGUUCUAACGACCCUUACACGGGGGUCACCCAAGACCGUCGGAAAACACAUAUUUAUGAAGUGGCAACGAAAAUAAUUUAUGGCUGGGGGUCACCACAACAUGAACUGUAUUAAAUGGUCGCAACAUUAGGAAGGUUGAGAACCACUGAUUUAUCGGUACAUAACAAUCAAUUUACCCAUCAUAAUUAUAGGUCAUAUACGAAAUUCUAGUCCAAUAUACAACAACCCUCCACAACUCCACUCCCGACCUUUAACAGGGUAUCUAUUUCAACAAAUAAAAUUCAUUAUUUUAGUUUAAAUUUAAAAAAGAUUGCUGACAUGAAACGUGUAUUAAAAACUGUACGCUGUUAAUGAUCACUGCAUUGACGGUGCGUUGCUAGUACACGCAUCAAUGACGGUGUCAGGUUACGUCAAUGCCCCCCCCCCCAAUCUAUAUUUCUCUAGUUGUAUCCUGUCUCCGUGUCGUGUUACCUCCUCAAGUUUUUCAUGAUAUUGCAGGCCCUCGGCAUGAUUGAGGAGGUCGAGUCUUACGGUGGAACAGAACAGAACGAUCAGAUGACUCUGAGGAAUUAAACAGCCAUUCAUUCGCAACUCCAGUGGACCGAACCUAAAAGCAUUUAAAUCUGCUCGGCAACGCUUGUUAACAGCAGACAAUA